AUGCGCACAGACGUCUCCUUCCAAACCUGCGACAACGUCACCCUCCGCGGCUGGUUCUACACCCCCACCAACAGCCCCCCAUCCCCCCUCCCCUGCCUCAUCAUGGCCCACGGCUUCUCCGCCCUCAAAGAAAUGGACCUCGACGCCUUCGCCUCGCACUUCUGCUCCGCCCUCCCACUCACCUGCCUUGUCUUCGACAACCGCGGCUUCGGCGCCAGCGACACCGGCCUCAGCCAGCCGCGCCAGGAAAUCCUCCCCGCGCAGCAAAUCAGCGACUACUCGGACGCCAUCACGUACGCGCAGACGCGGCCGGAUGUGCAGAAGGAUAAGAUUGCGGUCUGGGGCUCGUCGUACAGCGGCGGGCAUGUGCUGUGGGUCGGCGCAGUGGAUCGCAGGGUGAAGGCUGUGCUGAGCCAGGUGCCAUGCGUGGAUGGGUGGGCGAAUUUUCAUCGCCUUGUGCGGCCAGAUUUCGUGCCGCAGAUGAAUGAGCUGUUCAAGAGUGACCGCCUUGCGCGCGCGGCGGGCGAGCCGCCGGGCUUGCUUCCCGUCGUCGAUGCCGAUGUGCACAAACCUUCUGCGCUGCCGACGCCAGACAGCUACGCGUUCUUCAGCGCGUGGGGCGAGAAGAGCGGGUGGAAGAACGAGGUUACCGUUAAGUCCAUCGAAGCCUUCCGCGAAUACCUGCCCUCCGCGCACAUCCAUCAUAUCGCGCCCACGCCGCUACUAAUGACCGUAGCUGAGUGCGACGUCCUGACGCCGACGGAUCUGGCGCUCGAGGCGUAUGCGCGUGCGCUGGAGCCGAAGCGCCUGCACAUUCUGCCAGGGGGGCAUUUUGAUGCGUAUUCAGGGCAGUACUUUGAGAGGAAUUGUAAGAGGCAGGUGGAGUUUUUGAGGGAGUUUUUGUGUGGGUAG